AUGGCCUUUUCAUCAAAAACCAUUGCGUUUUUUAUCUUAGAAGUGUUAUUACUUAUCUCUAUAAACUGCAAUGCAGAUGAAAAUUGUGAGACGUUACCAACAGAAAUUCACGUAACUAAAGAGGAAUAUGAUGAAAUGGGCAGCUUAAUGAGGUCGUGUAGCGGAGAAGUUAGUGUCAAUAAAUGUGAAGGAAUAUGCAACAGCCAAGUGCAGCCUAGUGUAGUUACACCAACUGGCUUUUUAAAAGAAUGUUUUUGCUGUAAAGAAAAUUAUCUAAGGGAGCGAUUGGUGACCCUAACUCAUUGUUACGACGCUGAUGGUAUGAGAUUUGAAGAUGAAGACCGCGCCAUUAUGGAGGUGCGCUUAAGAGAACCUGCUGAGUGUAAAUGCUACAAAUGUGGAGAUUACAGUCGC